AUGGCAUCGACGACGAUUGCCGUGCCAGCUGCGAGCGCCCCGGUUGUCGUGACGACGAUGCAUAAAGAAGAAGAAGGAGAUCCCCUGGUCGAGUGGAACAGCGACGCUGCAGGCAGCGACGGAACUGUCGGGAACACCGGCGACGGGGAAGCUCUGGAGGAGAACCCAAGGGCCAACGGAAUAAACGGGAACGGCAGCGGUGGCGAGGAUUGUGCUCUGUGCGAGGGCAAGCUGACGAGUCCCAGGCUGCUCUCGUGUCUCCACGUCUUCUGCGAGGCUUGUCUGGACAAGCUGCUCGAGGAGGAUGAAAACAAGGGCUCUGGGAUCAACUGUCCGAUUUGUGGACAGCGGACGGCUGUGGGAGCUCGCGGGGCUGCCUCUUUGCCCUGCGACUAUGUUCUCACUAAUAUUUUGGACAUGUCGGCGAUUGAAAAUAUGACAGUUCUAUGCACCUCUUGCAAGGCCAAAGAAAGUGCCGUGGCACGCUGCUCUGAUUGUGCCAAUUUCUUGUGUCCCAAUUGUAACACUGCUCAUCAAUUUAUGAGAUGUUUCGAGAGCCACAAAGUUAUCGCCUUUGAGGAUCUCAAAAGAUCUAAUAAGACUGUUCCAAUUCAUAAACCUAUUUUUUGUGAUCUUCAUCCUGCUGAGAAUAUCAAAUUUUAUUGUUACACGUGUCAAGAGCCUAUUUGCAACGAGUGUCUACUGGUGGAGCACAAAACACCCGAGCAUCAGUACGAAAGACUCAGCGACGCGGAGACUAGCCAGAUAGAAGAGCUUGUAAAUUUGAUGACUGAGAGUAAAAAUAAAAUAAUUGAAUGUGACAGUACUUCUUCACACCUUGAAAAUGCUCUGAGUGAACUUCAGGCCCAGCAUGAUCAGGCCAAAGACCUUAUUAUUGAAACAUUUCAAAGUUACAAAGCUAUUUUAGAAAAAUGCCGCGAUACUGCUUUAAAUGAUCUCGAGAAAUUACAUUCCGAACGUGAGCUUGAAGUCAUGGACACUUUCCACAAAAUAAAAAAUUCUUUUCGUCGAGAAGAGCGCAGAAAAAAUAGAAGAUGCAUGCCGCUUUACAGCAAGACUUCUCGAGCACGGAGACUCUACAGAAAUUCUAGCUCUGAAGCGAACAGUAGCCACUCAGUUGAUGAAUUUAAUAAACAACACACCCAAGUCGAACAUUAAAUAUUCAAUAGAGUUCCAAACAGACUUUGAUCACUUUGAGAAAGUCGCCAAGGAGUCCUUUGGUAAAUUUAAAACUGAGAGUACGCCUCCGAAACCCUCACCGGAGAUAAUCACUUCAAUGGCGACUGCUCAGCAGCAGCAGCAACAACAACAAGCAGCUCAACAACAACAACAGCAGCAACAACAGCUGGUCUCUAUUCCCUGUCCCAAUUCUAUAAGCACCAACUCGUCGAUAUCUUUGCCCACUUCAAUGCAAUCUUCCUUCGAAGGUGAUACUUCUUUCAUCAUUCCUCCACCCACAUCAAGUCCUCAAAAUGUACCGGCACCUCCACCAGCCGUUUCUCUUCCUCCAGGUCCUUCCAUGCACGGAUUUACAAGCAUCCAAGAGUAUAAUCUUCAGCAACUAGCAAGUUUAGCUGAAAAAGUAGAUCUCAAUGAUACGAGUGUGGUUGCGCCAAGCGCCAAUCCAAGUCCGAUUCCGUCCUUUACGCUGGCCGAUUUACUCGCUGGCGAGUUUCCUGUUAACUCCACCAGCCAUGCAAUCAAUAACUUGCAGGCUUUGGCUAAGCUCGAAGCUCUUAGAAGUAAUUCUAUGGCUAAUCAAGAUUUAGGAAAUCCGACGCUCAACGGCGGGAGUGGUCUUGUUUUAGGUCGCGUUCAAUCACCAGUGAUGAAUGAAUCUCAAAGUCUUGGAUCAUUAAGCGCAAAUACUCUUCUUAACAGCGGCUAUCAGUCUUUAUCCAACUCAACCUCGCCCAUUUUGUCCCAAGGACCUGAUGACCUUAAAAGUGAAUCGAUGCACAACAUGUCAGGGGUGGAUAACAGUGUCACUGGUAGCGGCGCUGGGAGUUACAAUAAUCAUCCACGAGCCACUAACUCAAAGCAAACCCCAAUGCAAAUUCGAUCCAAAUUCGGUCAAUUGGGUCCUAGUAAAGGACAAUUCAAUUCGCCGCAUGGUUUUUGUCUUGGUACUGAUGAAGAUAUUAUUGUUGCUGAUACAAAUAAUCACAGAAUUCAGAUAUUCGACAAAACGGGUCAAUUUAAAUCUCAGUUCGGUAUUCCUGGCAAAGAAGAAGGACAACUGUGGUACCCAAGAAAAGUAGCAGUUAUGCGUAAUUGCGGUAAAUUCGUGGUCUGCGAUCGCGGUAAUGAACGAUCCAGAAUGCAGAUAUUCACUAAGAACGGACAUUUUAUUAAAAAAAUUGCUAUUCGGUACAUCGAUAUUGUGGCGGGUCUUGCUGUCACAAGUCAAGGGCACAUAGUUGCUGUCGACAGUGUGUCACCUACUGUGUUCGUUAUAAGCGAUACGGGGAAUCUUUUGAGCUGGUUUGACUGCAGUGAUUACAUGAGAGAACCUAGCGAUAUCGCUAUAAGUGGUAAAGAAUUCUUCGUUUGCGAUUUCAAAGGACACUGUGUAGUAGUAUUCAACGAGGAUGGCCAGUUCUUGCGUCGCAUUGGCUGUGAGAAUAUAACAAAUUUCCCGAAUGGGAUUGACAUCAGCGACGCUGGAGAUGUCCUCAUUGGUGAUUCCCAUGGCAAUCGUUUUCAUGUCGCCGUAUUUUCUCGAGACGGUUCUCUAAUUUCCGAGUUUGAGUGCCCUUAUGUAAAGGUAUCAAGAUGUUGCGGCCUUAAAAUAACUUCCGAAGGUUACAUAGUAACGUUGGCCAAAAAUAAUCACCACGUCCUCGUGUUAAACACACUCUACAUAUUAUGA